AGCUUUUUACGGUUGACUCAGUUAACUGUUGCUGCAAGCGUAGCGCAAGUUCUUGUCGGCCGCAAGAAGUUCGCGCCGUCGUUUUUAAAAUCACAUUUCGAAUUUUUGAAAAUGGUGGUUUUUCGGUGUGAGUGUGCCGUGACGGCUUCCGUUUUUAUCCCAAAAAUUUGACAGACCGGGUAGAAUUGCCUUUGGUAAUUUUUUGUGCCAGUGAGGUGCUUCUUUAAUUAAUGCAGAGGGUUUUGUUUUGAAACAGCGAUCGAUAAUUGUUUUUCAGUAAAGUAAAUAAUAAAUGUAUUGAGGUUUGCUAACAGUGAGUAUGCAGCAUCAGCAACUGUAGGGCUAUUUAUAUCACUCAAAUUUAUAAAAAAAAUUAAAUGCUGCAAAGGUUAAAACUUAAUUUUUGUUUACAGCGGGCUGUAUAUCUCUCCACACGUACCUGUGAUAAACACAGUUCAAAGAGAGUGUUUGUUUAAUAACACUAUUGGAAAAAUAUGGUUUCAAAAAUAAAUUGCAGUAUUUUUCGUUGUAAGUUAAAUGGUUUGGAAUUUAUUUUUAUAUUUUAGAUUUUUAGUAUGUCCGUUAUUAGAAAAAUGCUUUUGCAACUGCUUAUAAAUCAGAAACAAGAAGGGUAGACAUGUUACUCUACAAUAACAAGCGUUUGUUUACGUUGUUAAAUACAUCAGUACUCCAAACAUAAGUAACACAAAGAUAAAUCAAUAUUUAUGCCCAUAAUAAUCAAUCAAAUGUGUUACGUAUUAAGAAAUUAUUGUAGCUUCUAAAAUUUAUGAUAAUAUCUGCUACAAUAAAGCUAGAACUUAUUGAUUCAAUCAGUUGAGUAAUUUGUGACAUUUUAUAAAUAACUAGUUUUUGUAGGUUUGUGGUUCUUAACCAUUCUUUAUUGACGGCCCUUAAAUGACAAACGUAAAUUUUGUAGUUUUUUUAUAAAGAAAUUCUGACACCAUUUUUAAUACAUAUAUUCAUCUACAUUUAUUAGACCUUCUUUCGACAAUACCUCGAAUGAAAAGAAAUUUACAAAGAAAAAAUUUAGGUCGAUAAAAUAAUUAAUAAUCCACUCACGACUUGAAUCUGUAUGAUUGGUUUAUUUAGACUGAUUCAGUCAAAAUUCCAAUGUCAGAUAAUUAGUCCUGAGUAAAAAUAAAAUAAAUAAAAAACACUAUAAAUAAACCGUUAAUAUGCAAGGAACCCACAUUGAACCCUAUAGGUACUUCGGCUAUGUCUGUCUCUAAUUAAAAUCACGAGCAAAUUGCUUAUAAAAGAGUAGAGAAAACUUUUUUUAAAGUGGUUGCUAUUCUUUCCUUAAUUUUUAUUUUUGAAGAAUUAAUGAGGUCUGAAUUUACAACAACAAAAAAAAUGGCAACUCAAUCAAAUUAAUUUUAUAAUUUGAUUUCUACAGAAUUUUAUUCAGAUGAAAAUGAGAGGAAAUAAAACGUUGUUGUAUUGGCCAAUGCUCAUUUCCUUAAAUAGAAAUAUUCUGCCAAGGGUUUUAUUAUUUUGUAAUUUUACAAUUCAUAAUAAUAUUCCCGUUGUGUGUGCAAAAAAUCACUUUAUUUUUUGUAACAGCUGUUUUAUAUUAUUUAUGCGUCGAUCAAAUCCUUCAUUUGCAUGGCUUUGCUCGUAGUAUCCAGUAUUCAAAUUUGAAACUUCUCGUUUAUCUACAAAUCGAUAACUGUUGGCAGAAAAUCUGUUUCGCAUCACUAUCUAACGUAUGUACGCAGAAUACCUUUUUGAGCGUUAUCUUCUUUAAAUUUCUACUCGAAGUUGAUAUCCCAUGCAAAUAACCUCUUAGUUGCUACGGAUAUUCGUACUUGCUUUAGCUGCUGGAAUUAUGAAGGAUUUCCGACAUUAUCCGUUUAACUAUUUGUACAAGCCUGCAUGGAAUUAUAGUUCCGCCUUGUGAGUUUAUUGUAGAAACUGUUAAAGUGGCCUUUAAUUAACGCUAAUUGGUUUUAGUUAGUUUGUCGACUUAGUGACUAACUUACCAUGCAAUUUUUCAUAGUUUUAGGGUUGAACAUUAAUCGUUUUAAUUCUGGAUUUAUAUCGCAAAAUUUUUGUAAAAGCGGUUUUUAGCAGUGAUUUAAACCGAAUGAUGUGGUUACACAUUCUAUUGAUUAGUUAUUUGCCACUCUGACCAAUUUUUGUCAUGGGAAUUGGAUAAUCUAAUACGGAUUUUGUACGGCAAUAAUUGUUUUCAAAUCGGAAUUUCCAUGGACUAUACUGACGUGUUGUUUUAAACAGGAAAAUAUGAAAGUGACGGAUUUUGGCAAGUUUAAAUUUACAAAAUGCAACUAUGUAUAUAUUUUGCUUUGUAACUUGGAACAAGUCCGAGCAAUUUCGGAAUGAGCAAUUAUUCUGAUGUUCUUUCUGGCAAGAAUUCAUUAAAAUCAACGCUGAUGGGUCAUGUGCUAAGACUACCUAAUAAAUUAUUUUUCCAACCAACUUUUUCCACUUACGACACAUUAAAAGGCAUCCGUAAAAAUUUAUCGCUCUCUAAAAAGGUAAUAGACCGUGAGGAGGUUAAGUUUUCUAAUUUUAACGUUGGCAAGGAGAUUGUUAUCGUUACAGUAGAACAAAUUGUGAGAUUUGGAACAAAUCAACACCAACAAGCACAGUGAUUUAAAAUUGUUUGUUUAUCUAGAAAAGAUGGUGAAUUAUGGCAGUGCUCUCAUUGAUUUUCAAUAACCUACAAGCUUGCAAACGAGCAUUAAUUUGUUUUAACAAACAUAAACACAAUUUUUUGAAUCGGUUUCAAUGAAAACUACAGCACGCCUAUCUUAAGUUGUAUUUGUUAAAAAUGCAACUUGAUGAACAAGUCAGCGAAGCGAGUGAGUGCUUCAUUAAGUGGAGUUGCAAAAAAACAGUUAUGUUAAAAUUAAUAUUUGUAAAAGGUUAAUCCGAGAAGAUAUCGUAGAUGCUCACUGUUAUGACAAAUUCUAAAGUCUUUGUAUUUCUUUUGAGACUGCAGGUGCUCAGGAAGUUCAGAAGCACUUUAAUUAAUUUCACAAUAGUUCAGUUUUUAUUACGCUAAUGGUAACCAUUAGGUAAUUAAUUGAACUGUUGUUAUUCUAAGAUACUCGUCGAAUCGGCCAUUUAUUAAUUAUUGUUAAAUUGAAAGAAAGAACUUUAAUCGCCUACAUUACCUAAUUAAAAUGCGAGUGUCUGCUCUUGAGUCCGGAAAGAUGUCAAUUGUGAAGAGACUUUUUAAGUGUGGUGAUUUACGGCGAAAUUAAAUUGAAAACUAAAAUGAAGAUGAAAGUCGUGUCAGUUAUGGUGAACAACAAAGUAAUUUACUAGAGUUGUGUGGAAUAUAAAACGGAACAUACAAAGGAAUGCUUUCUCAUAAACAUGCAGAAACCAUUACGAGAGCUCGGCCUAAAGCGUUUAUGGACAGCAGUCAAGUCAACAAACGAUAACGGCACAGGACUGCAGGGCGAACAGGGUUUAGAAUCUAGUACAGAAGAAACGAAACCAGGUCCUAACUGCUCACUUCCUUUAUUGCAGGUUUGGCCGAGUGCUGAUUCUCCUCGGGGUGAGGCGGAUGGACAAAGUUUUAUUUUCCCAGCCUGCGCCGAGGACGCUACUUCACAAAACUCCACCUGCUUCGACAUCAAUCAUCACAAUGAUUCCGGCAUCGAAUCCACACAGGUUUCACCUUCUCCAAUCCCAUGUGUCUCAUCCUCCCCCAUCCAUUCUCCCACGCCCAGCAUACGGCGCCCAAGCAGCGCGCUCCUCCACCCCGACCACGCCAGACUCCUCCGCCUGUACCCCAUGUCGUCCCCGGAGCAGACCUCCCUGGAGGACGUCUCCGAUGCGCACAACCACGUGAUAUCGGCUUCCUCCUCGACCACGUCGUCGCUAACCUCCGUCGCCGCCGCCGUCUGCGGCUCGCGGACCAGCGACUCCGCCGACAGCCGCAGGAGGUCCUCGACCAUGACGGCGCGCUACUCCCUCUUCGACGCCCUGGACCUCGAGUACGCGCUGCUGCGGGCGGCGGCCCGGGGCAGCGUGGGCCCUUACUCCCUCAGCGAGAGCCUCCACAAGCUCACCUUCACGCAGAGCCUCGCGUUUCCCGCCCUGGCCCGCGGGCUGGCCGGCAAGAGGCGCCGCUCCCAGCAGAACAACAACACUCGCCCGCUGGACCCCUCUGAGAGCGGCCUGAACGCCUUCGCCAAAGUAGUGACUGCGCUCGUUCUCGUACUCGUCAGUGUUUUAGUGUUUGCCGUUGUUUACAAGUUCGUGAGGACGUGAGGAUUACUUUUGGCUCCGGGAGGAGCCAGAAAUGCGAGGUUUACGUUGGCGAGAAACACGUCUGGCUCCUCGACGGGGUAUCGGAAUGCUGGCGAUGUUACGUGAAAGUGAGGGGCCGCCAGGAAUAUUUGUUCAAACAUAUGAAACUGUGUAGGUUCAAAAGGAAUUGAUCGUAGUUAUGUAGAGUAGGGAGAGGCUUAAAGCAAGAGAAAAGUCUCUGAAUUAUUUAUGAUAAAUAGUCACAUUAUGGCGCUUCGUCAUACGGACGAAUGCUUUUUACAAUAUUAAAAGUUACGAGAGAUUGGGUUUUAUUCAGUCCGAUGCAGCUUUAGAAGGAUUUUUCUAUUGGGUCUAUUGUCAUUCAGCUGUUCAUAACGAGUUUAGCGCUAAUCAUUGUGUGGUAAAAUUGAUGUAACUUCCCAAAAAUGUGUAAACUCUUUCUCUUCGUGCGGUGUGCCUUAAUGCAAAUAACACGAAUUAAACCGCUCGUUUAGUUUGCAGUAUAUCGUAUCACCAACCACCAGGUAUCAUCGUUACGUGAAACCUCCAUUUAUUGACACUCAUUAUUUAAUUAAAAACACAAUUUCAAACAACUUUUGCUGUCAUAAAGGUUUAACAAUUUUCUGCUUAGCUGUACUCUCAAAUACGCCUUCAAUAGGCAUUUUGCGACAAGAAAUUUUGGUUUCUCCCAAAGUUAUACAUACCCCACGUACUUACCUCAAUAAAAACAAUUAUUACCAUCUUUGCGCACUACAGAGUUUGCUUUAUAUCGUACCAAAAAAUAUUUCAGUGUUUUAAAGAUAAAAAAUGUGUUGUACCUGAAAUUUCAAAUAAGUUUUUAGUUAAUUUCUAAUAAGUCAUAAGUUUCUAACAUUUAAUUAAAAAAAUACUGAAAAACAAAAAUUUCUAAGUAAAAUCAUCAUUAAUAGUACAGGGUGUAUCAGAAAUACGUGUGUUAAUUUUAACAGGUAAUAAAACUCAUCAAAUACAACAACUUUUCUAUACAAGAUUUUGCAAAAUUUUUAUUUAUAAUUUAUCACUGUGUUCCUCUUUUCUCUUGUGCAAACGAGCCGGUCAGUGUUUAAUAAUUAAUUUGUAUUCAUAGCAACAAUUUUCAUUGUUAUUUUAAAUUAUCCAUUUCUAUCACAACGAAAAUAGUUCGGCUCUCCUAUUUUUGUACCCAUGGGCGGGGACACGUUUAAGUAUGUUAUCUUUUUCUAAAUUUUAAGUAAAUUUGCGAAUUUUUUAUUGAACAAUUGCAAAUAGAAAAGAUGUUUUACUUGUUGAGCUCUGUUACCUGUUAAAAUUAAGGCACGUAUUUCUAAUACACCCUGUAUAUUAUAUUAUAAGUGAUAAAAAUGCGUUCUAUGCGAGUGAGAAUUUUAACUCACGAGUGCGCUUGCGCUCGAGUGGGACACUUCUCACGAGCUUUAUAAUAACAUUUCAAUCACGAGUGAUAUACGACAUUUUAUAUUAUCUUAUCUUAUUUUAUCUUGUACCAUUGUACAUUAUAUCAUUGUUUUCGAUGAGAGAAAACAAAUUUCGCUCACAAGAGAGAUAAAGUUGUGAGAUUUACUGACAGAUUUAGCUUUAUUUCUCUUGUGAGAGAAAUUUAAUAUCUCUCACUGAAAACAAUUGUAUAAGUAGGUACCUUAUUAAAAACUGCACCUGUAAGAUAAAAAUUUAUUUACGAAGCUGCAUAUUAUGGAGUAUAUUGAGUUUGUACUGUUUUUUUUUGAGUUCAAAACUAAAUGUAUUCUUCACUUAAAUUCCUUAUGAAUAGCUGAUUGUACAGGAGAUUUCGUUUGGUAAAUAUUAAUAAAUAAAUUUACUUGUAACAUGCUUUUUUGUCCUGAUUCUAACGAUUAAUGCGUAGGCAACAGUAAAAAUUUGGCCUUGUGAUGAAUAAUUUACAGUUAUUAUUAAAUAAACGUGUAAUCAUCUUUAUUUGUCCACUACGACACUGUACUAAAGUUAAUUUGAAUUGACUUUUACGUUACUUAAUUUACCUUUACUUACCUUUUGAUAUAGUUUAUUGUUAGUGUGAUUACGUUUAGAAUAUGUUACGUUUUUGUGUAAAGGAAAAAUAGCAACAUUACAUUUCGUUGUGGACAGAUAAUUUUGAAACCACCUGAAACUAGUCGGUAUAUGUACACUUUAGUUUGUGCCAUUGUUGACCCAUUUCAAUUGAAUCUAUUAUUUCAUGCUUGGUUUGCUAAUUAAAACGUUUUAACGUUUUCUAUUUUAAAUUUGCCUCAAUUACGAGUUAUGAUUCAUCUUUAAAUUCUUUUACGUACCGCGCUCCAAGCCUAAUAAACCUCACUUCAUUUAAGUUAACGAGAAGUAAAUAUUUAGACAAAUUUACUUAAACAGCCCUGACUUCAGUUCUACGCUUCCUUUUUUAGAAAAAUAUUUCACGGAAAAACCCGAGGAAAAUCAUUUCGUGGAGGAAAGUACGAAUUGUGAGAAAAAUGAUUUUAUAUUUUAUAUAAAAAUAUUCUAAGCACGAGUAGCUAUGUUUGUUUUUUAUUUAGAAAUGAGGUAACUUUGUGAUUACAACGGCUUUAUAUUUUUAUAAAGUAUUGUUAUUAAGUAUUCUUCUUGGUAUAUAUCAUCUUGAUACUGUUAGAUGAAUGGAGUAAUCUUCUAAAGUUACAGAAAUAACUAUAUUAUAUACAUAAUAUAUUGAAAUUAUAAUAUAAUAAAUUAAAUUGAACGAUUUAAUAUUAAGAGUUUUUCGAAUGGCCUAAAUUUUUAUAUCAGUGUAUUCAAAAUAGUAACGUCAACAAUGUAUUAUUGUAUAUUGUGAAUCUUUCUACAACGGAGCAAUUUUGUAAUAGAUUAUAUUUUAUAUUCUAUGCUUCCGAAAUAAAAUUCGUAAUAUAUACUAAACGAGAAUGUGUUAUUGAGUGUUAUUGUUUGGGAGUUAUCACAACUAUAGUUAUUGUUUUGUACAUUUACAAAAUUAUAAAUUUACUUCGAAUGUAUUUUAAAAAUACGAAAUAUUAAUUACAUAAGCAUGUCUAACUUGUAUACUUAGAUAAAGCAAUUGAAGGGAAUAUAUUCUUGUUACAUGACAAUCAAUUAUUACAUGUUAUACUGUAUUCUGCACAAACAAUAAAAUAGAAUAAAAGCUUG